CCCCCCCCCCCCCCCGCUGCGAGGGCGGAAGGAAAAGCCGCCGAGCCAGCGCGGCCCCCGCGGACGCCCAACCCGGCCUUGACCGUGGGCGGCGCGGCAUCCGAAAUCAGACGCCUCCUCGCGCUCGGCAAGCGGAGCAAGCGAGGGCGCCGAGGCGGAGAGGGCGAGCAUGGUGAGGAGGGCCCUCAACAGCUAUUCCUCCGUCAGGGACGUCGCCUACAGCUGUGGAUACUGUGGGUAUGCAUUAAACUUGAGCUCCACCAUGCGGAACACAGCGAACAUCGGAUCCAAGUAUGGCAAGCAGAUCAGAAAAGGUGUUGUCUCAUUCUUUACAAUUGAUGAGAGCCGUUUUACACAAACCGAUGAGGUGAGGUGCAUGCCAUACUUCCAUUCAAGCCGUUCAUGGGGCUUAUUCAGAAAUAGGACGCGGUUGCUAUGCCGGAAGUGCGGUGGUCAUAUUGGUAAUGCUUAUGAAGACGAGGAUUCCACUUCGUGUGAGGGCUUAGAUGACCUGGACAUGAGCUCUAAGGGCAGCAGCACAUCCAGCCAGAAAAAAUAUGUUAUCAAGAUCAAUGCACUACAGCCCUCUUCAGAUGAUGACUCUGCUGCUCUCUUCUCCCUGUGAUGGCAAUCUGAAUUAUGAACUGCAGCAGUGUGUGACUUUUCAAGUCUACUCAACUGCAAAUAGAGUAAAUGCAGAACCAAGAAGUGAUAUCUUUGUUCUGUUUCAGUCAUCUUCUUGCUCAUACUUUAUAGCUCCUCCAUCCCUUCUGCGGCAGUGUAAGUGUAUAUCUUGGCAGGACUAGUGAAUUUUGAUUGUGUUAAUACUACUGUAAAAUGAUAGGGUUUUUGUGUCUUUUCUGUAACUUGCCUCCAGUGUAUUUUCAGUUUUCACUAUGUUCUUGAAGUUGUCUGCUGUUACAAUUUUGAGACUUCUUGCAUCAGGUAUUCAAGUUCGAUACCCAUACGUUAUUGUCUGCGAA